CCCCACUUCCGCAACACCACAGACUUCGGUGUACUGCGCUAAUCCGUCGCUGUGUAACGUGCCAUUUCUUAAGCAGCGCACAGACGGCGUCGUUUUUCAAAAUAAGCGAACGACAACAAACGCACACAUUUAUCUUCAGUAUAAACCCAGCAUCUCCUAAUACCCACGAUUCCCUACGCAAGCUGGGUUCACCUUGGUUUGUGUGACGGAUUCACAUUGAUUUCCUCAGCCCAUUCUUCUCUAUCUGAAUGCAUGAUAAAUAUAGCCCACGGCUCUACUAAUAGCGGGCACGAGCGCUGCUCUGCGAGCGUCGUCGUGAUGUCAGUGGAUUUUAGGUGCCCCCUCAGGAUGCCUGAGUAGUUGCGCUCGCCGCCAAUGAGCGUCUCCAGUGUGAAUGUCCUUCAUUUCUCUGUCUGGCUAGUGAACUUGCCAUCACGGACCCUAAUCUGGAUUUAAACAGGAAGGAAAAGCACCUCCCCGGUUCGCCGCUGCCCCUCGAUCGCCUGACAUUCUGGAGCGUCUAAAACAACUUUAACUGAGCGCGACAUGGAGUGCCGAGUGCUGUCGAUUCAGAGUCAUGUCGUGAGAGGAUACGUGGGAAAUAAAUCUGCAUCCUUCCCGUUACAGGUCUUGGGCUUUGAGGUCGACUCGAUCAACUCUGUUCAGUUCUCCAACCACACUGGGUACUCUCACUGGAAGGGACAGGUCUUGACUGCAGAUGAGCUUCAUGUCCUGUAUGAAGGGAUCAAACUCAACAACGUCAACCACUACGACUAUGUACUUACAGGUUACACUAGAGAUACAUCGUUUCUGGAGAUGGUGGUUGACAUUGUUCAAGAGCUGAAGAGGGCCAAUCCCAACCUUGUAUAUGUUUGUGACCCUGUCUUAGGUGACCAUGGUUCAAUGUAUGUUCCUCAGAAUCUCCAUCCCGUGUACAAGAAUAAAGUGGUGCCCGUGGCUGAUAUCAUCACGCCCAACCAGUUUGAGGCGGAGUUGUUGACAGGGAAGAACAUCAGCACGGAGAAAGAUGCCGUUGAGGUGAUGGACCUGCUGCAUAAGAUGGGUCCAGACACUGUGGUCAUCACCAGCUCUGAUCUGCCCCCUCGUCUCGGAGACAGAUUCCUGGUGUCUUUUGGCAGUCAGCGCAUUUUGAUGCCUGACGGUACAAGGACGACCCAGCGGAUCCGAAUAGAGGUGCCGAAGGUGGAUGCAGUGUUUGUGGGGACCGGAGAUCUGUUUGCUGCUAUGCUGCUGGCCUGGACUCACCAUUACCCGACAGACCUGAAGACGGCGUGUGAGAAGACCUUCUCUGUUAUGCACCAUGUCAUUCAGCGGACUAUAUCUUAUGCUCAUGAGAUGGCAGGUCCUGGUAGAAGACCCAGCCCGGCCCAGCUGGAGUUACGGAUGGUCCAGAGUAAAGCUGACAUAGAGGAUCCAGCCAUAGUCAUGGAGGCCACUGUUCUAUAGAGCCGCCACACGCCACAUCUCAUCCACAUCCCAUCCUCCGCUCACAACUGCACAAUGUAUAGAUGUUGUACAUUUUGAUAUGUAAUGUGACAUUGCCUUAGAAUCUCAGCCAGAGCACAACAGUUCCAUUUCAAGAGAUUCAGCAGGGUACAGCCAAACAAGCUGAGGAAGAGAGCGCUCUGAGAGAGUGUAACGCAGAGAAAAGAGAAGGCAAGCCGAGACUGAGAGAUAUGAUCAGCCUCUCUCGUUCACACUAUUCUGUGCAUCUUCACCAUCUCUGUCUCUCUCUCUCUCUCUUUCUCUCGAAGCUCCUCAAGAACUCCGGUUCGUCCUGCACAUAAAGCCCAGUCACUGACAUUUCCAGAACAGGUCAGUUAUGUAACUAAACUGCCAUUGAUCUAGUGAGGACCAAAAUUAUAAAGAGAAAAAAAAAGAUGCUAAUAUUAAGUGUGACGCUUUCUACGCUCUAUGAUUUUUGAGUCAGAGCAGUUCAGCAACAAAUACAGAAACCAAAACCUAGUCUCACAAAAAACGCAGAGAAAUGCUUGAGUCAUAUUUCGCCCUGAAUCAAAAGAUCAAAACAAGAUUUUUAUUGCAUAUAGGAAAAAGAAGAAUAUUAUUAGGACCGUUAAGAUUUUGUGCAUUAUGCCUUUUUUUUUACUGUAUUAUUUUCCCCAGUUCUCUGUUACUCAUUAUAGCGUGAAAAAUUAUCAUCUUUAUAUCUUUUCUUUCAGUAGAUAUACUUUUAUAAAAGUAUAUUGCAUGUUAAUUACAUAUUAGGGCUGUCAGAUCGAUUAGUUGCACAUAUACAAACCUUUAUUUUGGAUGCGAUUAAUCAAAAAGAAUCGAUUUGACAACCCUGUUUAUUGUUAUUUUCUAUAUUGAUUGUUUUUCAAAUUAUCGCCGCCAGACAAAAUGAUUUUAAUAAGUAAAUAAAUGUGAUCAUUUGUCACAAUGUUGGUCCUAAACAUAGAUUUUCUUUAUCCAAAAUAUAAUUCUGUUUUCAUCUUUAGAUUUGGCUUUGACUUUUCUUUGUGAGAUUUACCCAGAAAGCUUCGCUCUCCGCGGUUCUUGAUAAGAUACCUGUAUCUGGAAAAGAGUAGCCAACCUCAAAAAUGAACGAGUACGUUUUUAAAUGUGUAUUACAGACCCAAAGCACUAAUUUGUGUGAGAGUCCGACUUGUCUAAAAAUGUGUAUUUUAUUGUUUAUUUUUUGUGACUAUAUUCUUCCAAAAAGGGAGAUUUUAUUGAAGAGAUGCGCUGCUGUAUUUUGUGACCUGUUGAUGUUUUUGGUGAGAUAUACUGUAAUAAUUUUUGGCCUUGCUCGCGUGUAUGAUUUACUUCUCGUUCCAUCGAUUUUCAUUUUGCAUCGAGCAUUUGUGAAUACAGACGUUUGAGCAUUUCACUCUGUGUUUGUUUGUCAACGUAACUACUAACAUUAUCAUCUCAUUUGCUUUCAACUGAUUGUAUUUGCAUCGAUAAUCUACUUGUUUGUACAAGCAGAAGAAACUUUAAAAGUAGUUUUGACUUUUUAUUUGAUAGUAUUUUCAUAUCUUAAAAGGAAAAGACUUGUAUGAAGUCUGAAGUACUGGGGGAACUUCUUAAAAUGCCUUGAUUAACAGUAGUGGUGUAUGUGUGCUAGUCCGGGGACCUGCGCCUGCUUCUCUCUCACUGUGUCAGAGAACAUGGUGCCUUCUGGUUACAAUGCUGUGAAAGAUAAUAAAAGGCAGAUGAGUUGUAUAUUUCAUCAGACUUGCUCUCCUUUGUUCCGUUCAUAAGGAGAUCGAUUCGGGCAACAUCUUCCUUUGCGUCGUAUGUCUGUUCAAAUCUCUGUUUGAUCCAUUCUCCAUGACGCUCCGCAGUUAUAUGCGGAUUUCUCAAGUAUUAUUUUUGGCGCCUAACUAAUGCUCUUCCAAAACUGGUCACGUUUCUUUUAGCCAUUGCUUUCAUCCUCUGAUCAUUUCUGAGUUGCAUUUGUAUAUUGAACACCCUUCUGAGUGAAUCUCACGAAAACAUAUCCCAUGUCACGUUUAACUCCAAAAUCAAAAGAAAAAUGGAGAGGGACGAUGAAAGAUAGAAAUGCUGAACAAUUGCUUGAAGAUACAAAAACUAUUUUAGGACCAGUAUUUUUAAUUUUUUUUUCAAACAUUUUUGUUGCUUUUUUAAUACAAUGUUAUUUUUGUCCAACCGUUUCAUUGUUUUUGUCCAACUACAUGCAUUUUGUUGUAAUGCAACAAUUGUUUACAUUUAAAUUAGCAUUUGUUGGUUAAGCAAAAAAAGUGCAAUAAAAGCAAGCAUGAUGUGGAAGUAUUUUAGAAGUGUAAGGAUUAUAAUUAUGAAUAUUUAUUAUAUAUAUAUAUAUAUAUAUAUAUAUAUAAAAUUUUUUUUUUUUUUUUUUUUGCAUUAUCGUAAUGAUAUAUUUAACUGUCGUGAAAAUAUUUUUCAUUAUUUAAAAACAAUAAUGGUGGUUAAAAAAUGGCCAGCAUUGCAGGCCAACAUGUGCUCAAAAAAAAUAUUAAUUGCAUUGAAACUAAACCUGAUUAUACUUCAGUAGCUGUGACUUUCAUAGUUGUUUUUAAAUUAACAUCAGAAAAAUCUGCAUAUUUAAUUGUUUUUAUUUCGGGGUAAAAUAUGACUGAGAUACGGUCGUUCAUGAGAUUCAUCCGUCAUCCAAACCACUAGCUUCUCAUCCUUUUUUCCUUUAGAAAAAAAAAAAAGAUGGCCAUGUGCAGGACUAAUCAGGGGUCAGCAUUGCUCUGAGGGGCAUGCGCUUCAGCUUUUCAUUAGUUACCGAGCUGUUAUCUAACUUUUAAUGUGUACUUGUACAUUGUGUAUGUGUACGUGUGAAUGACUAACGGAUGGUUCUUCUGUGAGUGUGCGAGUAUUCGUGUUCUCCGAAGGAAUAUGAGGGAGGGAAAUAAAAUGAGAAACGCCAAGUCUAGCCUUUAUGAAUAAAGACAGUGAGCUGUUUCUGAGUGAACAGUACUGGAAACAUUUGCUACUGUGAGCUAAAGCGAUUUAGUUCAGGGCAAAACAGCCCCUUCAUGGAGAUGCCUUGGUGAACUUACCGCCUGCAGGAAAGUGCGCGUGUUAGCUAUCUUUAAAUCAACACUAUGUAAGAUUUUGCCUUUUUGAAAUGUUUUAAAAAGGCCAGUUCGGAUUUUAAACUGACUUCAACUAAGGCAGAUGGCUUUUGUUUCUUUUCCAAGCACCCUUUCAAAGUCCAUUAUAGGAGUAUGUAAAAAAUCGGCGGGAACGAAUCCGAUUGCUUUACGGCAGCGGUAAAAGCGCGUGUACACUGAAAUAUUCACGAUGGCAAAUUCACUGUAAAGGGGCUUCAAAGUUGCAGAAUGCAUACAACUUCAUACAGUUGCUUUAAAUAUAUCAACAGCACGCUAACAGCGACGGCACGCUUGUGUUUACUGGUAAUUAAACAGCAAGUGUGUAAUUAUACAAGAAACCCUGUCAGGAAAAAAAAGGUAAAGGAAAGUGCAUCUAACUCUGUUAGCGGGCAGCCAAAUAUUCUUUAUUGCAGUGAUGUCUAGUGCAUUCCCUGAGGGAAGUGUGGUCAAGGACUUUUGGGAUGGACUACAUUUUUGUUUGUUCUGUAUACAUAAUGUUUGUAAAUUGUAUAUCGGUCUGUGGAAAUUAUGUGCUGUCUAUUGUAAGACUGUGGAUCAAAAAUGACCAAAUGAUGCUGAGCUCCUUCUAGCGGAUGGAGCUUUUAUCGUCUGAGAAAAACUAUUCCACUCCCAUUAUUUAGGCCAUAAACAAAGCGAUCUUUAGCACACUAGGUCCCCUCUUUUUUUAAUCUGAUGUUCUGACUCCAUAUGAUACGGUUUAAACGCUUGGACCUAUUUGUCAUCGAUGCAUAUGUCGUCAUCUGUAGCUCUCAGAUGUUUCGUAUAAUUAGCUGCCUUCCAUUACAAGGCAUUGAACGCCUUACAACAUGUACAAAAGCAUUUCAGGCCUGCUAGUGCUAGAGAAAAAAAAAAAUCCAGCUAUUCUUCACGUUAGUUGCGACUUCCAUAACUCUGACUCUUGAAGUAGGUGUAGGUUUUAUUAUUUCACUUUUUGUUACAUUCCAUUUUCACAUAGCAGACUGAGGUGCGAGACGGGAUGGUUUCCGAGGAUGAAAUACCUUUCGAAAAUGCUGGAAUCUGACAGAAAUGAGUCAUUGUGUCUUGGUCUCUCAGUGUGAAUCGUUAUUUCAUCUGUAAAAUGAGUGUUUAAAACCACUGUGCUUGCUGUAAUGUACUCUUGUCCACAACAGUGCUGUUUAAUAGAAGAUUCUACAGCAAGAGUACACGAGAAUACACUUGAAAAUGUGUCCUUCUCACAGAACGCCAAAUAUGGAUUUCAAUGACUUCAUAAUGGGCAGGAUGACAUGUUGCCAGGGCAACAGUCGGAGGCAUCGUUCUACUUCUCUGUAAAUAUGUCUCUCUCUUAACAGUUCUAAUAGUGACAUGUCAGUGCUUCACGUUUCAUUUUGAUUCCCUCUCUGUUGACAUGGUUGUUAUCAGAAAUACGUUUUGUUUGUUUUUUGUUCUUUCUUUGGUUUUCCGUUCUGUAUGGGGUCAGAAAAGACAAUAAAAAAAAUAAAUGUUUGGUAAAGUU